AACAGAGCAUGAAAAAUCUGAAUAACAAUAAAAAUAUACAGGUAGUUUUAGCAUGACGCUAUCGUUUAAAAUAUCGCAAUGUCGUCGAUUCGUAUGACUAUCUGUUUGAAGAAACAGAAGAAAACUACUCGAAGAAACUGCCUUGACGCCUAUAAACGAUUGUAGUCCAUAUUGUCAGAUAAUAAUAUCAACUCAACCAUGAAUACAAGUCUGCGAUGGAUUUUUGGUUUUGCCGCAUCUCUCUCGAUAUUAUGUCUUUUACUUUAUCAACGAAUAUCAUUUCGUUUCUAUUUGAGACCUUCUUUAUCAAAUAAAACAAURCUAGUCAAGAGAAAUUAUACAGAGAAAGCGGUAGACGUUAAAGUAGACAUAAAGAAUAAUACUGAGCGAGAGUCAUUGCCGGUACAAGCUAAAAGCGAAAAGGUAAUACUUGUGUAUAGCAAAUAUUAUGGACACCAAUGGCCUCUUAUCGACAAGCUAAAGACGAGCUGUAAGCACAAGUGUCGAGUAACUACAAACAAAAGUGAAUUAAAUGAAAGCGAUGCGUUACUUUUUCACGCUGAAGACAUCCCUAGUGUUGAUCAUUUGAGAAAAUUACGCAGGAAAUCUAACCAGUUGUGGAUUUAUUACACAUUGGAAAACCCUCAUAAUACCCCUGACGUAUCGCGCUUCAAUGGAUUUUUCAACCGUACUGCAACAUAUCGCAAGGAAUCGGAUUAUUUUGUGCCUUAUCGUUUCUUGGAAAAACUUAAACCAGACAACAGAACAAAACAUCAAGUUACCGCUAACUACACAAAGGGAAAAACUCGAUUAAUAGCUUGGACGUUGAGCCAUUGUAAAAGCGCGGGAAAAAGAGACGCGGUCGUGCAAGAACUAUCCAAAYAUGUCCCGGUUUCAAUCUAUGGUGGAUGCAGAAGUUUGUUCCCAAAACGAGACAAUCCAACCGAAAAGAAUUGCGAACGAAGCGAUAAGAAAAAGUGCUCUUCGUUAUAUCAGAAAUUUAAGUUUUACUUGUCGUUUGAGAACCAUCAUUGUACAGACUACCUUACUGAAAAAUACUGGGCAACGCCACUCGACAACAAUAUGGUCCCCAUCGUGAUUGGUCCUAAGUAUUAUUCAAAUAUUGCCAUACCUGGGUCCUACGUAAAUCUGUUUGACUUUCCGUCAAUUAAAGCUUUGGCUGACUACAUUAAGUAUCUUGACAAGAACGAGACCGCAUACAAUCAAUAUUUCCAGUGGAAAUCGCAGUAUAAAUCUAUUUUUGUGCCGAUACCCUCUGGUCACGUGUGUAAAAUUUGUGAGGAUCUGCACMRGGAUUCUUUAUAUCCAAAAGUUUACGAUAAUCUUGGUGGCUUCUGGGGACGAAAUACGUGCACAGCGAAUUUAGAAAGACUUAAAAAGUAUAUAAAAUUCUAAGUAGAGUAAUACAUACACGACCUAUGAUCGUGAUUUAAUGUCCGCAAAUCGCUUGUCUUUCAACUUUUGCUACUAACAAUCUCUCUUUCAAAUUAAAAUCAUAUGUGUUUUGGUUA